AUAAUUUUUAGCAUAAUAUGUUUGGAACUCCAGUUAACAAGGAGCACUCAGAGUAUAAUACACCCAUUGCUCCGAGUCUUAAGAGUUUUGUCAGGGGAAACAUCACGAUCAUUGAUAAGAAAAAGCAAUACCAAACCGAGCCCUUUGUUCGUGGGGACUAUGACGCUCUGUCUUAUAUCAUCAAAGAACUGACUAAGUUUGAACAAGGAAGCAUGGAAUAUGGCUAUGAUGUUGAUUUUCCUAAACUAUACCAACCUAAGUAUGAUUCGAAAAGAAAGUACAGUUCCAACCUAAUGCUGAGCAACAAAUCUGUAAACGCAAACUAUAGCUUGUCCCCUGCUAGGAACUAUUUAAAUCCUCCAAAGGAGAAAAUCGUGACAAAUGAUAAUAAGCUUUCAAAUCUUUCAACUAUUGUCCCGAGGGUUUCUAGUUCAAACGAAAAGUUGGUUGAUGAAGAAAGUUAUGUGUCUAAGAAUAGUAUCUCUCCACACCAGAAGUUUAAGCUUCCAGCACUGACAUCAUUGAAUAACUAUAAGAAUGUUUCUUUGAAUAAGAAGAUCUCAGUACGAUCUCGUAUAAACGAGCGAGCAGAUGGAAGCCAACAUUCCACUGGAUCUAAACAUAGCAAGUAUAGUAAGAAAGCAUUGGAUAUGACCCAUGAAAUAAACUACACAAAAAUUGUUGAUGAGUCUGAUAGUCUUCAUGAAUUUAUUAUAAUCACACUUUCAAAGGCAUUUAAAGCUAAACCUCGGCCAUCUGAAGGACUCUUAGACCAAGAUUCUUUCAAAUUCUUGACAGUAGCUGUAGUCAAAGGUCGCAAGAAGGAAAGCAACUGCAUCAGAAAAUGGUACAAAAUGCUUAUGAAAAGUGUCAAGCGCAUGGUCGAUGUCAUUCUUAAUGAAAAUCCCCAAAGAAUCCAGUCCCAGAUUUAUAAUAUGCUGAAUGUGGCUAAAGUAGGGCUCUUCUCCCAAGAUGCUAUCACUGUGAGGCUAACUUGAGAGUUAUUACUAAGGAUUAUCUCUGAAUUUAGUCAAACAUUUUACCUUGGCUAUUUCUGGGAGUGGAUCAAAAGUCAAGACCAAGUGCUAAAAUUCCUCAUAGAUAAUUUUGAAAGACACCCUGAGAUCAGUCACACAACAUGACAAUUUCUGAUAAAAAUAUAGCUUAUAAUCACCUUGAAGAGCUUUUCAUGAAGCAUAUACUCAAAAUCUGAGAUUCAGAUGUCUAUAAAUACUUGGAAGUUUUGCAAGGAAUGAUGGUUCUCAUGAAGAAUAUGUCUGAUGACUACCCAGAUAUUGAAGGGUUCUUCCUAUCUGGACUUGUCCAGACAAGCUGGAUUGAUUAUCUGGUAUCACAUCUGAAGAAUGACGCAAGUGACCCAAAUUCUAUCCGCCAAAUUUGAAUGACUUUCCUCGGUGAGAUCAUCAGUACAUUUAAAUGAGAGCCUUCUAAGGUUGAUAUUGCGCUUGAGAGUAUUUUUGAAGCAUCUCAGACUCCUUGGAAAUUACAACAAAUGACAGCUUUUACUGUGCUUUUCGAUGUUUUAUGCAAAUUUGCAGCUACUAAGAACCCUCACUCUGGAAAAAUUUACAAUUUUUUGGCUCAGUCGAUCUCAAAUUACCAUAACGAUGAGAACUUGAGAGAAUUUUUGCUUUCAAAUAUGAAACAGAUUCUUGAAGAAAACUCAGGUAUUCCUGUAGAGAUAGUGGUUGCUCCAUUAAUAGCAAAGAUCAAAAAAUUUCUAGAUGAUACUUAUUAUCUGAAUAACUACGAUUUUGAUUUCUUAGAAGCUGUUGUGAACCACAAAAAGUUAACACUUUGCGUUGCAAUUAAGGUCUGAAAAACCUUAGCUUGGUUAAGUGUUAAAUAAGACCAUGUAUCACAAACUAGCGCUUCAUAUUUUGAUGCUCGCGGUUAACAGAUUUGCUCAAUCAGAGAAAAUGAGCAACUUUGUGACUAAACUUCUGAAGUACUUUUUCACUGUGUUAUAUGAAAUCGAGAAGCAUGUGAGUGGACUCUCUCACAAGCCUGAUUCUGUAUUAAAUGAUAAUCUUCUUAGGCAUAACAAUAUUGUAAUCAUGAACAACACUUUAUUCCCAGGUAGAGGAGUUACAUGCGAGUUUGACCCUUCUUUAACAAAUGAGCAGAAGAAAAUCUUGAAGAGAAUCAUGUGUCAUAAUGUUGUAGUAUCGCUUCUUGAUGUUGAGAAUUCUCAACUGCAGGAGCGAGGAAUCAUAAUUCUAAGAUCAAUGAUGUCUAAACUGAAGUUUAAGUACUCUCUCAAGCCAGAUUGGAUCGAAAGCUUGAAGAGAAGGAUCCGUGAAAAUGCUAUUCCUGAUAUUGGUAGUUCAUUGAAAAUGAUGCAAGCUGAAAUAGACCAGCCAAUCGUGAUGAGAAAGAACCCAAAUAAAUUAAAGUUAGCUAAUCGAGCACUUGAUGAAUAUCUUGUGGAAGAUGUCAUAAAUGAUCACGAACUUGAGACUGAUGUUCAGGAUCUCUCUUCAGAGGGAUACCUCAAGCAUGAUAUGAGCAGCCAUAAUAACAGCGAACAGAAUAGCGAAAGAUUUAUCUCUUUCCUCUCAGAUAAGGAUAAACAGAAACGAGAGGCUCAUGAUAAGAAACUGUUCAUGCAAAGAUUAAGAAUGGAAUUUACUACCUUUUCCCUACCCAAAGAAGACACACCGCUUCGAAAAGAGCUAGAUGCUCUCUUCGCUGCAUAUAAGAGGGAUAUUGUGAAGCUUUUUAAAAAUUAUUCAGCUACUAAAGAAUUUGACAAGAAAAAUGAAUUUGAUAAAUACAAACCUCUUAAAAAUAGAAUGAAUCCAGGAGAGGCAUGAAGAAUGCUCAGAGAUCGAACGAUCUCUGAGCAUUUUUUGAUCCCUGAUGAGGCUAUUCAUAUUAUAAGAGAGGUCAACUCAAUUUUGGGGACUCCACAAGAGGAAUGACAUUACUUGACUCUACAAGGCCUCGAAAUCUUCUUACUACAGAUAGCAGUGCAUAUCUCAAGGAAAUAUUUCUAUCGUAAAGGAAAGACCAAGUCACUCCUCGAAAAUAUAGAGAGGCUGUUCAGAAGAAUGAGCCUAUCUAGAGAGGAGAGAGAAAUUGGACUAAACGACGACCUUGAUCUUUACGAAGAGACUGUAAAAAUACGCAUCAAGACACAUUCCUCUCAUUCACCAGUGAAGGAAUACAUCAGGGCUAAAAUGAAGACUGUCAACCCUGCAGGGAGGAAUUCAGCUCUACGAGAUGCUUCUGAAAAUCAGAACCUGACUUACUCUGCUAAAAAGCGGCAGAUGCUGCUUGAUAAGCUACAGAAAGAAAAGGAGGCCAAGAAACUUGAGAAAUUGCGUGAGCUAAAACGCCUGAAACGACGGAAAGAACUUGAGCAGACCUUGCAACAACGCAGACAGACUAAAACAGAGAUGAAGCGGUAUAAAUUUGAUGGAGAAAUCCAACAGCUAGAGAAAGCUAAGAAGAAAAUUAAAUAAAGCCAUUGUUCAAAAGGAAAAAUUCCUUAAAUAACAUUAAGGAUAAAGUAGAAGAGGAGCAAGACUAUGAUAGAUUAGUAUUCAGAGUCCUUGAGGAUGAAGAAAGACAAAAGGAGAGAGAAAUUCAACGGAAGAAAGCUUUAUAUUCAAAAGAAUGGCUACGAGAAAGGAGAGAUGAAUUUGACAAGAAAUAUUCCAACAAUAAAAGUAGUAAUCGUAAAUAAUUUUCAUUUCAUGUA